AAUCCUCUAGCCUGGACGUGCCAGUGCCCAGGGCCUGUGUUUACUCGCCCUGGUCUCUCGCCGGGCUAGGAUUUCCUUAGCCGUGUCAGUGUGUGUGUGUCUUUUUUUUUAAAACAAAUAUACAUCGCUUUAAACAACAAAACUAAACUAUGCACCGUAGCACACUUUUGUCCAUCACUUAGCGACCGAAAUUUUGUGCGCGAGUCCGUGGUUUUAUGUCGCUCGAAGUCGUCUCUUUGUCACGAUCCGUUAUGCGAGUGGCGGCGGCGUCGUCUGCUGCUGUGCUCGGGAGAUAAACUAGGCCUGGGAUGCCCAGCGUUAGGCCGAGGCUGUGCUGCCGCACGGUGGCCGACCCAGCCCUCGCAGUGCCCCACGCCUGCCUCGCUGGCAGCAUGUCCGGAGGGAACGGGGCAGCACUCGAUCCCGCCAACGCCCCUUCCCGAGGUGAAAGACGUGUUCUGCGAUUACAUCGCCAUAUGCCGACAGUGGGCCUGGCAUCGGGGGCGGUGGACCCGGGCUCGGGCGACCCGGUCAGAGCCAACGACGGCGCUGCCGCCGCCGCCGCUGCCGCUGCCUCCGUGACGGCGGCGGCAGCGGCGGCGGUGUCGGUGGCAGCCGACGAGGAGGACGACGACCCCGGCGUGGUGUUCUCGGAGCCGUCGCAUCCGAGCGCUGUCCUGCUGGGCGUGCGCGCACUGCGCGAGGCGGGCGCCCUCUGCGACGUGACGCUGUGCUGCGGCGCGUCCGAGUUCCCGUGCCACCGGCUGCUGCUGGCCGCGUGCAGCCCCUACUUCCGCGCCAUGUUCUCGGCAGGCCUGGCCGAGAGCCGGCAGGAGCGCGUGACGCUCGCCGGCGUCGAUGCCUCCUCGCUCGGCCUGCUGCUGUCGUACGCCUACACCGGGGAGGUGCGCAUCUGCCGCGCCAACGUUCAGGCGCUGCUGGCGGCCGCUGACCUGCUGGACGUGCCGCCCGUGCGCCAGGCCUGUGCCCGCUUCUUGCAGUCACAGCUGGACGUGUCCAACUGCCUGGGCAUGCACUGCUUCGCGGAGGCGCACGCCUGCCCGGAGCUGCAGAGGGCGAGCCUGGACUUUGCUCUGCAGCACUUUGCGUCCGUGUGGCAGCAGGAGGAGUUCGGCGCGCUCACCUCCGACAAGCUACUCGAGCUGUUGGCCAGUGACCGGCUCAACGCGCCUCGCGAGGAGACCGUCUUCCAGGCAUCACUCGCCUGGCUCAAUCGCACCGCUGACCGCCGGCAGUACGCCGACAAGGUGUUUGAGCUCGUGCGCUUCCCGCUCAUGAGCCCGUACUACAUCCACGACGUGGUGGAGAAGCAGAGCUUGAUCUCCGAGUCUGCCAUCUGCCAGCGUCUCGUCUCCGAGGCCAAGGACUUCAUGCUGCUGCAGGACCGUCGCGGGGAGCUCGUGAGCCCCCGCACACGCCCCCGCUACUCCUCCGGAAUCACGGAGGUGAUCAUCGCUGUGGGUGGCGAGGACGAUAAGGUGGUGCUUCGUAGCGUCGAAUGUUACGGGCCACAGAGCGGACAGUGGAAGGCCCUUGCCUGCUUGCCCUUUGCAGUCAGCAAGCAUGGUCUCGUCGUCUCAGGAAACACAUUGUACAUGGCGGGUGGGGAGUUUCCGGAUGGCCUUGCCAGCCGGGAUACGUGGCGUUACGACCCCAGCUUUGACACGUGGCAGGAGAUGGCCCAGAUGAACGUGGCACGCUCUGAACUAGGCCUGGCGAUGCUGGAUGGGUUCGUGUUCGCCGUGGGUGGGUGGGAGGGCUCGUCCCGCCUCGACUCGGUGGAGGGCUACGAUCCCAGCACCAACUGUUGGCAGUUUGUGGCACCGAUGCGCAUGGCUGUGACCAGUCCGGCCGUGGUGGCCCUCGAUGGACUUCUGUAUGUCACUGGUGGUGCUGUGUUAGAAGAUGGUGAUGGGAUUGAGCUGGUCCAGGUUUACAACCCAAAAAUGGACACAUGGUCAGAGGUUCCCCCAAUGCAGAUCGCUCGUUCUGGCUCAGCAGCUUGCGUGCUCAAGGGCAAAAUCUACGUAAUAGGUGGUUGGCAUGCAUCCACGGAAAACACCAACAAGGUGGAGUGCUACGACCCGGCCCAGAACUCGUGGCACAUGUGUGCGCCCAUGAUUGAGCGGCGCUACCGACCUGGUGUGGCGGUGGUGGACGGCAAGAUUUAUGUACUUGGUGGAGAGGAAGGAUGGGACAGGUACCACGACACGAUAGAGAGGUACGAUGACCUGACUGACACGUGGGAGAUCGUAGGAGAGAUGCCGACCAGCAGAAGCUGGCUGAGCUGCGUGUCCAUUCAGAUUCACCAAGACAUCCGCACUUCCAGCCCCGGCAGCGCUGAGCCCUAUGGCUACGAGUAGCUUUCCUCAGCAGCAAAGAGCCCUGUCGUCUGCACCAAAUAAUUUUUCCCUAGUCUGUACUUUCCUGUGUUGGCGUCAGCAAUGUUUUGUUUAACUAGUUGGGUAUCAUGCCACUACACGCGUACAAAAAUUUACAUCACUGAACACGUCAGUUUUUUUAGCUAAUGUAUAGCAUUGUUUGAUUUGUAGGUGUGCUUUAUGAUAUGGAAAUUGUCAUUGUGUAGUGUACUGUCUUGCCAGGGAAACAGAAAUUGUCUUGGUAUGGGCAAUGGUUAACAAGAAAAUAAUGUUGAAUUUUUCACAUUCAGUUGUGGUGAGAUUUGCAGGAAUGAAAUAAUAGCUCAGUAGAAGGCUAUAUUUCCGCAUGAAGAAAGAGUCUUUACCAAUUUAAUGUUCGUAUAUUGAACUGGUUUAAUUCUACUUAAAUACACUUGCCUCUAUGAAAGGAGAAUCAUGUUUAGUAGGUUUGGUAGUCUAGUCGGUGUCACUAAUACAUAGGACAAUCUUUCGAUUAUAAAGAGUUGAUAGAAAUCCCUUGAAGUUAAACCUGUGUUAUCAGAAAAAAACAAAGCAGUCAAGAAAAAAAUAGAUAUGCUCCGUGGAUGUUUUUUUUUAAUAGGGUAUAACUAUAGUUUGUGUUUACAUGGUGUGUUUAGUACAGUACUUUAUUUUUAAGUGACUUGUGCUUUAGAAGCACCAUAUAGGGUAUACCGUUGACACUUUGGAAAAUAUUUCCUUGGUGGCAAAUUGUUUGGGAGAGAAUACUGUUUCACACAGUGAGCAAGUUAUAUGGGUAUAAUAAGCUCGCUCAUAAAUGUUACUUGUUGAAAAUUAAAAUGCAUCUCUCAAAAUGUAUUAUUAAAUGGUUGCCUACAGGCGACAGCAACUUCUUGCAUAUGAAAGGAUGAAUAGGAUCAUCAAAAGUCUUAUGUUCAGUUUAGUUAGCCAGAAAAUGGCUUCAGUUAAUGUGCAGUCGAUUGCUUCAAUGCCCCCGUUGAAUGUUUAGAGUUGACAUUAGCAUACUAACUAUGGUUGAUGGUCCGGCCGACAACAUAGGCUUACCCGAGUUACCAUCCCAUCUUUAGCAAAUUAUCACUGUGCCCUAAAUGUCAUGUAUUUCGUCUUAGUGACUAAACCACGUGCAGUCGUACACUUUAGACACUUGUUCACACAUGCAUUUUGAGUGGCCGACCAUACAAUUAAUAUCUUUACUGAGCUGCCUGAACCUCAUUUAAACGGAUGCUAAUCUCCAUCCCAACUACGUGAAUUUAUUGUAUGUCGUUUCCAGGAAAGUUAGCACGAGGCAGUUGCGGAAAAUGGAUCACUCGUGCAAGGGGAAUAGUGGUGUUGCUUUACAAACUAUAAUUCCUUAACUUCAUAGAUUUCAGUGUUCACUUUUCCUUUUGGUUUACGAACAGUGUGUUAUGUUUCAGCCAAAAGGAUAUCAUUCUCGUUUUUAAGUUAUACAUUUAAAUUCGGGACAGUCUUGGAUAUAAUUUUUUUGUCACGAAGACUUCAGAUGCCUCUAGGCAUGUGCAUAUUAGCCUUGAAUGCAUAUAAUUUGGAGGAACAUUUAGUGAAACAGAAUUCCCCCGAAUUAGCAAUGAAUGUAACUGGAUGCUAUUUAAAUGCAAAUUUAUGUAUGUUAUGUAAAGUGUUUAAAUAGUAAAAUUGAGCAUUAUACAAAAAAGUAAUAUCUUAAAUUAAACUAGUACUGUUUGUCAGUUACAUUGGUAAGGAAACUGAUGUCAUACAAUCAUAAAUCAUAUAUAUUUUUUAUCUUUAGAAUUUAGUAGCAUCUCAGCUUGUGAAGAGCAAAAUAAAAAUUCACAUGGAGUAUUUAAAAUGCAAUGCAUUAUAAAUAUUUAUAUGGUUAAACAUUAUUUGCAUAUAAAAAGUAAACAUGUUCAUUUACCAUGUACUGAAAAUUGUCAUGUCUGUUAUUCGAAGCAUGUGAUAGAUCUUCAGAUACAUUUAGUUUGUAAUCAGGAAUACAAAAUAUGCCUGAUUAGAUUCUUGCCAAAUACUGCAGAUAAUUUUCUACACAUUUUACCUUAUUGUGGCCAUUUAUUUCCGUCAUUAAUACGCAUCUGUGUUCCAUACACCACCUGAAGCUUUUUCAUGCAUUCGUAUGUAAAUUAUUGUCUACAUUUAAUAUAUUUUUUUAAUCCAUUUGUACAGUGACCACUUCUGGUAAAGGUGUCACAGGUGGCAGCACGAGUUUCAAUAUCGACAUGCACUUCUGCUGCUUUGACACUUCAUGCACUCAAUGUUAGUGCUUCCUUUUGACAGAAGAAAACAGAUGAAAAUGUUGAUAUGGGUGGGAAACAAGACCAUUAGUUUAAAACUGCAAGGAGCAAACAUUAAACAUUGUCCAUUUAAAGGAAAUUACCCUCUUAAGACCAACCUGUAAACUUUGGUUCUCCUUAAUAGUUGUUAUUUUAAACAAUUUAAGUAUUUUAUCACAUUAAGUUUGUAGUAAGCUGGCCAUACACUACUUGUUAUUCGCAUACCCAUACAUUUCUGUUGUCUAUGGUUGUACAAGUGUUAGUAGAUGAUUUUUUUCAUUAUAAAAAUUCGAAAUGAAGAUCUCAUUACACCUAAUUGUGAAAUUGAAAUGCUUGCACUUUACUGCCUUAUAUAUAAAAACAAGUUAUUUUAUGGAUAUUACUAUUUAGGCACAAGUUCAUUUGAAGGACUGUCAUGAUAGUGGUUGGUGGUUAAGGCAGCCAAAGCAAUGUAACACGAAGGCUUGGUUGACUCCGUAAACUUGAGGACAAAUUAAACACUUUCUUGAAAUAAAAACUGCAGUACAGGCGUCCCUUGCGUAAUGCCCCGCCAUAUCGGGAAUUUGCAGCUGCGCCAUUCACGUUCUGGGGACGUACUUCACACUUAGGCGAAGCAUUUUGACAGUUAUACCCUGAAAAAAAUGUCACAUUAAAAUUUGUCAAAGUAAAAAAAAAAUUUCAAUGAUAAAAACUCAAAAAUAAAAAUGUUGCCGGUUAAUCAACUAAAAUUACAAUCUGAUGCCGCCUCUGCGUCAUGGCAGCGUUCAAUGUCACGGGCUUGGGUGUAGACAUCGUAAAUCUCCGACUUCUGUCUGCAUCGUGCGUGCUGCUGUUAGAAGCAGCCCACGGAAUCGUUCAAUAAGCCCUGAAGUUACUCCUGAUUAAGUAUUCUUUGUAGGGAGUAACGUGUCUCUUAAUCAUGAUGCAUUAUUUAACUGGUCAUUUUUGUAAUGUUAAUAUUAAGUACUGCAUUGGAUUUAUACGUAUUGUUGUAAACCCGUGGCUAAAAGUCUGAGAUUAAAUCGUACUUAUUUUUUUGGGUUCAUGCAGCGCGAUUUGAAUUGCGCAUGUCACGUUAUGCGAGGGACGCCUCUAUUUGCCUUUUAGUUGCAUGCAAACUCAUAUGACUAAAGUGCUGCCUUUGGACAUGCCCACUAAAUUAAAAUGUUCCUAAUACUUUCUUCACUGGCCGUCUGAUGAACAAGGACUUGUGCCUUUAGAGAUGCGGUGAUGAUCUGGUGCAACUAAAUAAAUGGACAAGUAGUACGUGGAUGGAUGGUUGUGGUAGAUAUACCUAAAGAUGGAUGGGUUGACAGCAAAAUAGUGAAGAUAGACUAAUCAAGUGACUACGUUUGCGAUAGUCUUUGAAAAACGGCUUGACCUGUGGACGAGUGAUGAUAAAAAUGUGACCUUUGAGUUAUCCUAUUGAAAACUACACAUUGCAGUGUUAUUAGCAUUAUCUGAGUUGUGUCUCUAUGCUAUAGCUAUUAAGACUGUUUUCUUGAUCGAGUGUAUAUUUGCAGGCACUUUUAAUCAACAAAUUCAGUGACAUGGAAAUAUAGGUUUUUCAUAAGCGGUAUAAUUUUUGUAAAUUGUUGGGAAUGUGUUGUAUAUUUCAGAAGAGUAUAUGCAUGUAUUGUACAUACCUAUUCUGUGUUGUGAUCUCAGCUGUUUUCUGGAAUGGUCCAUCUCAUUUUAAAUACAAAAUGCUUUAAUGUUAUUUUACAGUAUUGUCUAAUGGGAUAUAACGGCCAUGAUCAUCAAUGAAACCGAACUGUUGAACCCGUUUUUUCAACGUUACAAUGAAUGAACUGCUGUAAUGGUAAGUGUGGUUGUAUCAUUUGUAUUUGUUAACAUAAUAAAUUGUUGGAAAAUAUCAA